AUGUCUGAGGAAAACAACACGAUGUCUAAGGUAGCGGAAAUAACCGUGAACACCAGGAAACUAGCAGGCAACUGUAAGUCACACAGAAAAGCAUGUGGUUCAGUUAAGAAUUUGAGGAAGUUUAUAGCCAAGCAGUGGAAUACAGACUUACCUAUUUACAUCAGUUCAGAUCUAAACAAGAAAAUGUGGUCUAGAGGAAACAAGAACACUGUCAGAAGAAUAAGAAUAAGAAUUGAGAAGGACAAGUGUCAUAAGAACCCAGAAUCAGAUUGCCUAAAAGUGAUCUGGGUUGAUGUGUCUUCUUUUAAGGGUCUUAAGGACACUGUGGUCAUGAACGAUGAAUAA